CAACGCGCCGGCGCCGGCCCUGUUCCCCGCGCGGCCGGUAAAGCAUGGAGAUGGAAGGGGAGGCCGAGCGCGGGCGGCCCUGCGAUCCCCGCCGCGCGCUAGGCCGCCUGGUGCAGGCGGUGCUGUCCAGCCGCGGCGAAGCCAACGCCGUGUUCGACAUCCUGGCCGCACUGCAGUCCGAGGACCAGGAGGAGGUCCAGGAAGCAGUCCGCGCGUGCAGCCGACUUUUUGGGGCUUUGCUGGAGCGGGGUGAGCUGUACGUGGGCCAGCUGCCCUCUGAGGACACGGUCAUGGCAGGGUCCCAGGGAGCCAUGCGCAAGUACAAGGUGUGGAUGAGACACCGAUAUUGCAGCUGCUGCAAUCGCCUGGGGGAGCUCUUGGCCCACCCUGCCUUCCAGGUCAAGGAGCUGGCCCUUGGGACACUUAUGAAGUUUGUACAGCUGGAAGGAACACACCCCCUGGAGCAGCCCAAGUGGGAAGGCCAUUACCUGUUCCCCCGCACACUUUUCAGGGCAGUGGUGAGAGGCCUGGUCUCACCUGCAGAGGACCACAGCCUGCUCCUCUCCCAGUUCCGGGAGUACCUGGAGUUUGACGACAUUCGCUACCAUACAAUGCAGGCUGCCUCAGAUGCCGUGGCUCAGGUCACCAACCAGCAGCCUGAGCCGUCCGUCAUCUUCUGGAACAAUGCUUUUACUCUGCUGAGCGCCGUGAGCCUGCCUCGCCAGGAGCACGAUCUCUCCAGCUUCUACGUGAAGCAUGCAGAGCUGUCAGACAAGUGGAAGGUCACUCAUUUGAGGGAGCACAGGAGAGCAUUCCAGGCCAUGUGGCUCAGCUUCCUUAAGCACAAGCUGCCCCUCAGCCUCUACAAGAAGGUGCUCCUGGUGAUGCACGACUCCAUCCUCCCCCACCUGGCCCAGCCUACCCUCAUGAUCGACUUCCUCACCAGUGCCUGUGAUGUGGGGGGUGCCAUCAGCCUUUUGGCCUUGAAUGGACUUUUUAUCCUGAUUCACAAGCACAAUUUGGAAUACCCCGACUUCUACCGGAAGCUCUAUGGCCUCCUGGACCCGUCUGUCUUCCAUGUCAAGUACCGAGCCCGCUUCUUCCACUUGGCUGACCUCUUCCUGUCAUCCUCCCAUCUCCCUGCAUACCUGGUGGCUGCCUUCGUCAAGCGCCUAGCCCGCCUGGCCCUGACGGCACCCCCAGAGGCCCUGCUCAUGGUCCUGCCCUUCAUCUGCAACCUGCUGCGCAGGCACCCUGCCUGCCGUGUGCUGGUGCACCGCCCGCAAAGCCCUGGUGAGUCAGAGAUGGACAGUGAUCCCUAUGACCCUGAGGAGGAGGACCCGGCCAAGAGCCGAGCCCUGGAGAGCUGCCUCUGGGAGCUGCAGACUCUCCAGCAGCACUACCACCCUGAGGUGUCCAGAGCCGCCAGCGUCAUCAAUCAGGUGCUGUCUGUCGCAGAGGUCAGCAUUGCGCCCCUCCUGGAGCUCUCUGCCUACGAGGUCUUUGAGCAGGACCUCAAGAGGAAGGGGCCCGAGCCAGUGCCCCUGGAAUUCAUCCCAGCUCAAGGCCUGCUGGGCCGGCGGGACGACCUCUGUGCCCAAUUCUUCACACUUAGCUGACCCUGGCUGCCAUCUGCUCCCACGCCAAUAAAUAAUUUUGUAGGAGAGAAUAUCUAGGCAGAGUAGGCCCUGCCAGGUGGGAGGGGGCAGCCUGGUGGGGGUGCCGAGGGGCCUCCAGGCAGCUGGUAGUACGGGUGUGCUGUGUACACCCCACAGGGGGCAGGUGCCUCUGCCUCCCACUGCAUAAGACCAGGCAGGGCCAGCAGUUUCUUUGUGGCCUGGUGAGUCAUGACGGGAGGAUCAUGUGUACAUAUCUGCGGUCAGUGUUCCUCUUCGCAUUCAGAGGAUGCUGGGGUGUUCUGUUGUCUUUGUUUUUGUUUUUUGGUCCUGAAGAUUGAAUCCAGGGGUUCACUCUCACUGAGCCACAUUCCCAGCCCUUUUUAAUUUUUGUUUUAAGACAGGGUCCCACUAAGUUGACCAGCUGGCCUUGAACUUGCCAUCCUCCUAUCUCAGCCUCCCAAGUUGCUGGGAUCAUAGGCAUGGCCACUGUACGCAGGUCAGAGGAUGCUUUUUUCCUGGGAGCCACCGGCAUUGCAGGGACACGGCAGAGUCCCAGCGGCAUGUGUCUGCACCUCACUCCCCAUCUGAGGCUAGCCUGUUCCUCCAGGUGGCUGGAAGUCAGCAUUCUCAUGUACCAGGACCCACUUACACCAGAGGAGUCUAGUUGUCCGUUGAGGACAGCAGCCUCAGGUUUUCUCUUGAAGAUCCAAUUUUCAUGACAGGUGCCGUGGCACAUGCCUAUGAUCCUCUGUAGCUCAGGAGGCUGAGGCAGGAGGAUCCAAGUUCAAGACAAGCCUCAGCAACUUACCAAGGCCCUAAGCAAUUUAACAAGACCCUGUCUCAAAAAAUAAAAAGGGCUGAGCUGUA